GUGUUGGGCGCAUGCGCACGAAGGGAAAAUGCCCGCCGCUGUCAGCAGCAGUGUGUAGCACAGCAGAGCUAUAACCCGAGUCUGUUUGGCGCUGAUACCUCUCGCUCUGCAUGUUGUAGUCUGACACAGGAAGCCUGAUGUCUGUGGCAAAUGCGAAACACACUGUCCUGAAUCCGGUGAUCCCAUACACAGGACCCAUACCUGGAGGCCUGCACCCCGGGGAGAUCAUCAUCAUUCAGGGCACUGUGCUCCCAGAUGCCGACAGGUUUCAGAUCGACCUGUCGAGUGGCUGCAGCACCAAGCCACGCUCCGACGUCGCCCUCCACUUCAGCCCUCGCUUCAAAGGCUCGCCCUGCGUGGUCUGCAACUGCCUGCUGCAGGAGAACUGGGGCCAGGAGGAGACGCUCCACCAGCUGCCCUACAAACGAGGAGCCCCGUUUGAGACCAUCAUCCUGGUGAACGAAGACGUCUUUAAGGUGGCGGUAAAUGGCUCUCACCUACUGGAAUACAAGCACAGAAUCCAACUAAACAGGGUCGACACGUUUUCUAUUUCUGGGAAAGUCAGGGUGCACGCCAUCGGCUACAUCCCCAACUCAGCAAUAUAUUCAGAAUCAGGAGACUUAAGCCUCCCCUACAAAGGUAGUAUCCUUAAAGGUCUGAGCCCAGGGCAGCACAUCACAAUCAAAGGACAGGUCAGCAUGUAUCCUCACAGUUUCACAGUGAACCUCCGCAACAGCAGGACAGAGAACAUCGCUCUUCAUUUGAACCCCCGCAUAAGGUCGGGAGUGUUCACCAGGAACUCGUACCUAGACGAGUCCUGGGGUCAGGAGGAGCGCGAGAUUCCUUUCUUCCCCUUUUCAUCGGGCGAGUACUUUGAAAUCCUCAUCCUCUGUCAGCCCCAUCAGUUCAAGCUGGCUGUGAACGGUACACACCUGUUCGAGUUCAGACAUCGGGUACAGGACCUCAGCAGCAUCGACCAGCUGGAGAUCAUGGGGGACCUGGAGCUUACCGACGUGAAACUGUGGUGAUAUUGGAUCCCUCGGAUCCCAUGAAAACCAGCGUUCUAGUCACUGUUGUGUUCUGGUUAGGUAUGCUAAAUUAGCUUAGACAGAAUGGCCCAGACAACAGAGGCUGAAGGUGGCAAAUCCUGUGCUGACUCUAUGUUUGAAUGUCAGGUCACUGGUUUUAAGCUACUCUAGCAUCUCUGGUGAAAAGGACAGGAUGGGUCCAACCACAGACUUGAAUGAUCCAUCUUUCUAGCCCCAACCUGAGGACUGACGCAUGAGAUUUAGUUGUCCUGGAGUGUCAGGCUACGAGCCACCAUGACUGUUUACAGCUAUAAUUUAGGCUUGCUUCAUUUUCAGAAACUGUCCCUAGUGCAUCUCUACUCUGCACUGUAUGAUUAAAACAGCAAAUAUGCAAGUUAAUACACUGGCUAAAUUAAAAAGCAUUCAAAUAACAGCAAAUGCAAUUAAUGAGUUUGAGGUGCUCUAUUAUUUUGGAGUAAGAUCCAGUAAAGAAUAAUUCAAUGCAUAGCUACAAUUAAAAUUAAUUACAAAACGAUUAGUAAUGCUUAUUUUCUUUUUUUAGCACAUGGUUGAUAUCGCUCAUCUUAAUGUAUUCGAGUACUUGACCACAUCUCUUUACGUCUGAUAUCUUUAACCACUAACAUGCCAAUGAACUUGCAUGUAUUAUUUUUUGUAGUAAAUUUCUUACAAUGUAAUGAUAAAGCAGCACAGGGUAAAAUCAACAGGGAAAGUAUUUAAAUGAACAAAUUAGGUUUUUGAAAAGUAUAGAGAACUUAUGUGUUUGAGAUCAUCGUCUCCCUGUUUCAGCAAAGAGAAAAGAAACUUUUUUCCUGCGCUAUUUUUGUUUUGCAUUUUCUGUUCAAGUGAAGAAAAAACUAUAUAUCACAAAUGAUUUAAUAACAAAUAAAUGUACUAUUAUGUUUAUAUCUAA